UGCUGUUGCUCGAACAGUGUAGUUGCCAGAGGGAGGCGUUUCGGUUUGCGCGCCGCUGGUCCCUUUCUCUUCGGGCCGAUGUCACGCUCACGGCUCGCUUUUUCGAAUCGCAUCGGUUAGGUGCACGCACACACGGCACGUCAGGUCACCAGCAGCAACAGCGGCAAGAGCAGACAGUAAUAACCCGUCCCCCGCGAGCAUCUCCCUAUAUGCUGUCGUGUCUCUCCCACACGGAGCGGCCCGAAAACUCCGCAGCAGCAUCAUCACCGUCACCGCGUCGAGGCGUACCCUCGCCCUCGACGAAACCGAGCCGUCGCCUCGUGAUCGUCAACGGCGACGACGACGACGACGACGGGCCGACGUGCGAUCGAACGAACGUGAAUCCACGCGAGUUUCGAAGCGAGCAAACGCAGCCGCCGCCGCCGCCGCCGCCGCUGGCGCCGGUCACAGGGACGUGGAAACCGGGAGUGGUGAACCGCGGUCGCGACGAUGCACGUCGGCGGCUCGCAGUGCUUCUCGUGACUGGACGUGAUGAUUCGUGCUGCGACGACGACGACCACGACGACCACGACGACGCGGCGAGGAAGACGUCGACGGCGACGACGGCCUACUGGAUUCGGAAUCGUUCGCGACGUUUCACUGAACCAGGAGAUGUCACGUUGAACGGACUUACAGAGGGAGCAAGGAGGCGGUCGCGGAUAUUAACGAUGCCCAGAUCCUGAUCACGGAGCUCGCAAGGUCCCUGAGGUGUGGGAUGGUGAAAUCUAGAACCGAACACGUGGUCACGGUCCUGAAAGAACGGUAGCUGGGUGGUUGGUCCUGGGGGAGACUGAAGAAUGAGCAUGUUCAGCAUACUGCGUAGAAAUUGGGCACUGCGGGUGUCGGUGGUGCUCAACAUCUGCGUGUUGCUCUACGUGUGCGCCCACUUCGGCUCCUCCGGGCCGUGGAUCGAGGAACCGCCGACGAACUGGGCCGCGCCGCUGCAGUCGGAAACGUUCAGCGUCGUAGAACUGGUGAACGGAACGCAGAAAGGCGCGACGUCCUCCUCGGUGCCGGCCACCAAACUAGCCAACGCCAGCAAGGGCGGAAACGCGACCAGGGCGAAACUAGUCACCACUAAACCGACGCCCGACGCUACUAAAUCCGCGAUCAUCGACAGGGUCGAAAAGAACAAUCAGACGACGAAGAACAGCGGGCCGGUGGUGAGGCCGACGAUGAGCCUGCAGGAAGCGGUGCCGUGCAACGAGAAGUCGACGGAACCGAGACGGGCGCAGCGGGGAGAUUACUGGGUCCUAUAUAAUUACGUACCGAUGAGCAUGGCGGUCAGGUGCUGGGAGAGCGUCACGUACACCACGCACGCGGACUAUACGUUCCUGGACAAUCUGGAGCCGCUCCUGGAACGGUGGAGGGCGCCGAUAUCGAUCGCGAUGCACGCCCCUGGCACGGACUUCGCGGCGACCGUCGACGCAAUCAAGUACUUGAGGAACUGCGCCAACCCUCUGGUCUCACAGCUGGUCACCUUCCACGUUUUCUUCAGCAGCAAACACGUGCCAAAAGCGGUGCCGCCAGCCGAGAAAGUCUGGGCGGACACGUACAACUGCUCGCUGGGAGCGCCUUGGGUGAACGUCACGCUUUCGAAGAUGUACAAAAACGAGAAGAAACUGUUGUACCCGGUGAACGUAGGUCGGAACAUAGCGAGGGAGUCGGCGCCAACGCAUUACGUCUUCGCCAGCGACAUCGAGCUCUACCCGAGCCCGAAUCUACCAGCGAAAUUUCUAGAGAUGAUCCGCAAACGGGAUCAGCCGGCUCUUUACAAACCGAACCCGAAGGUGUUCGUGCUGUCGAUCUUCGAGGUCGAUGAGAAGAACCAGCCGCCGAGCAACAAGACGCGUUUGGUUCAGAUGUUGAAAGCGGGCACGGCGAUUCCGUUUCAUAAAAAGCUGUGCUCCGGCUGCCACAACGUUCCCCGGAGCAAGGAGUGGCAAGAGGCGCCGGAGACCGAGGGUCUUCACGUGUUCCACGUCGGCAAGAGGACUGGCAGUUUCGUGCACUGGGAGCCGAUCUUCAUCGGGACCAAUAACGACCCUCUGUACGACGAGAGGCUCAGCUGGGAAGGCAAGAGCGAUAAAAUGACGCAGGGUUACGCGUUAUGUGUGCUCGAUUAUGACUUCCUGAUCCUGGACAACUCGUUCCUGGUACAUCGACCGGGUAUCAAGAUCUUCAAGAAGGACCCGCAUAGGGAGAUGCUCACGGCGAAGACGAACGCGUUGAUCAAAAAGAUCAUCGUCCCGGAGCUGAAGAUUCUUUACGGCACGCGGAAGGGCUGCGCCGUGUAGCCCGUGGCGAAGCGGGCGCGACGCGUGCUCCGCGGUUGUCCUCCGGGCAGGUGGCAGCGGAUCGCUCCAUCCGACGACCGGUACAGGAACAGUAACCGAAAGCUGGCUGGAUCCGCUCGGCCACAGUUUCUCAGAGUUCCCGGGCCGGCCAACCUUCCGAUGAACGUUCGUUGCGAUCGAUAACGGCGCAAAAUGAAUGCCUCGUUGCUCGAUGGAUUUUCCUACGACUGGUAGUUCCUGCAGUUCCUCUUCGUUUUCGCGUCGACAGUUCUUUGUUCGCAGUAUAAACCUGUCACGGCAGCAUACAUAAAUCAGAAUUGGUAAACGUGUCGAUCGGACUGACGAUAAGAACGUUUCUCUUUUUUAUAUGUACACGUAUCGAGGUCUCUGUUCUCGAGGAAAUCGUGUAUCGAACAAACAUCGCGCGUUAAGAUCUAUCGGUAGUGUAGCAAAACGCUUUCUGGACGUUUGCACGAUGUGUCUCGGCCGAUGGUCGACGGACUUAGGAUGGACAUAAUUGUAAAUAUUUAGCGUUUUAAAUACGGUGCCUCGUAUGUAUACUUGUACAUUUACAAGAGUGUGUGCUACGAAUACAAAUGCAUUUUUCCUUUUCUCAUUCCGCGGUUUCCACUCGAAACCGGAAACGCAGCCAUGCUCGACAUGACCUUAUAAGUACAUGCCAAAAAAAAAAAUGGUACACUGCUCAAGUUGGUUCAGGGGCACAGCGUUUUGCGAGGACUCCCAAGAUCAAAAUCGAAUCCUUAUUUCUGAACAAUUUCAUCGACGGUGCGUCACACACUUAAAACCACGUUAAAAUAUGCUUUCGUUUAACGAUUUAGUUUAUUAACGCGGAGAAAAUGAAUGAAUUACUCUCCCAAGACUGAGGAACAUUUGAUAACAGUUUGUUAGAACGUUUAAUCCUAACGGACGUGUUAUUAGUUACGUGUUCGUACUUUAUUCCGCUUGGCAAAUUGAAUUGGUGCUUCCAACGCUCUAGGGUUCGUGAAACGGAUUAAUUAGAGGGUAAAAGAAAGCCGAUGAUCAUGAUGGACGUCGUCAUCGUCUCUGUAUCGUUUCCCACGAAAUCGUGCAAGAUCCGUUUCGUAACUGUACAUUAUGUGCUAAUACUUUUACCGGAUAAUUACUGAAAAGAGUUCUCCGCACGGAACACGUUCAAGAGAGAGAGUAAGACAGUUCUUAUGCAAUUAUCUCGCGGUGUCAUAACGUGAUAUAAUUCUAGAACGGCAUCGAUCAAAAUUGUAGAAAUUAUUUCUAAUAAUUGAGAAAGACUUGAUUUCCGUUUUCGUCCUCGAGCGGGACGGUGUCGUUCCGAGAUUUAAUCGAAGCAUCCCCCGUUAAAAGCCGUGUAAAAUCGCGUAUGUAAAUACCCCUAUUACCUCUAAGCGUUUAGAAUAAGUAUUCGUAAAUGGUACUACUUUUUACACGAUUAGUCACUACGAACGGGCAAAGAACGUUGAAAUUCUAAAGGCAGGCACGUUACGCCUCCGGAUUUUUCUAAGCCAUUUCAUCGUUUACAAAUAUUGUACAUUUGAAUAUUUUACGGAGAUAGUAUAAUAAAAAGAUAUAUUUAAUUUUGCUAUUCGUCGAGAAUCAAAUUUUCGAGAACGAUUUAGUUAUAGUAUUUAUACUUUCAUUCUUUCAAUGGAUGCCAUUCUUUGAUGUUAAUUUAGACAGUAAUUUAAAAAAGUAUUCUAUUUUCAGAGAUAAUAUGAUUAGAAUUAUUUAAUCGUGCAAUUUAUUUUUUUUUAAAUGGACAAUUGGCAGGUAUGAUAGUAAAUGAGUGAGAUAAUAAAGUCUGUGUACAUAACGUCGUUAAGGGUACUUUCGUUAGCUCAGGAGAUGAACAAACUUAAUUAAUAGUAUUUUGUAAAAAUGCCAAUGGGAGUACCCUUGACGAUCAUACAACAUGCACACACUUACCACUUGUACGUGUAUUUGCACAUUUUUUUUUUUACCACCCCGAAACAUCUUUCUCAGAAUUAAAAUGAUUACGAAAUGUGAGACGACAUGUUCCUUUGAUGAAACGUGUUAUACUUUUCUUAAUCGCAGGAAGUGUAUUAAUUAUUUAAUUACUCAGUAACGAAAAAUUGCAUUGUUCCGAGUUUUGUCAUUUCUGACGUACAAGUGCGGUCUGUAUUCUGUGCCUUAUCGUAAUUGACUCUCGAGAGUGUCUCUUUAAACCGGAGGAAUGUUGAGUGGGGUCGUUGGUCAUAAUAAUAAAAUUUCACAGCGUAGAAUUAAUAUUACGAUUCGUUUCAAAUAUAAAUGCUUUGAGGAGUUUGUUAUUAUGAUUGACACGCGGAGCAGAUUAAAUCCGAUAAGAAAGUUCGCUAUUAUUUUAAUUAGACAUUCGAUUGUUGUACACUGAAUCUCUUUCGACUGCGCACCAAAGGAAAACAGUGUCAGACUGAAAAGAGAUUAGGAGAAUAAAAUUCUACGUGUUACGAAUAGUCAAUGAUAAAAAGUCUUCUGUGUCAAUACAUUGCUAAUGUGUUAACUUUUAAGUACCCUUAGUGGAACUUUUCAUUAUAGCCAAUUGAAUUCAUUCUAAUAACAGUCAAUACGUAAUCCAAUUUUUUAAACCGUUUAACUAAUGAAAGUUGAAGUAAUCAAAAGGAAUUUCUAUACUGUUCGUUAAAUGAAAGUUUUUCAUCGUAAUUUAAAGUGUAUCUAAUAAAAGUUUAGGUUUACAACUUUCAGUAUUAUCUCGUAACUUUUAUAAAUUUUCAAUGUUCUAUCUCUGGGUGGAAUGAAUAAACAAAAAAAAAAAAAAAACAACUGUACGCACUUUCCGUUAGAUGCAACAAAAGCAUGUACGAUAAAUUCUUGUAAGAAACAAUGUUCUAUCGCUUCUCGCAUUUCUCUUUACAUUGCCGACCGUCGAUCGACGGCUCGAAACAAAAGGAAAGUAAUUAUUAAUUGAUACAUAAGUUCAAUCAAAUAUACCGAGCAUGUACAUUGUGUAUGAUACAUAAAAAUGUUUAAACGUUAUAUAUAUGUAUAUGAGCUAAGUAAUAAUUGUGAAAAUGCCUAUGGCCGUCAUUUAAUUACGUGAAAAUGAAACCCGACUUAACUGUGUCUCUGUAUAUAUGUAAAGUUGUAUUUUUUCAAAUAACAGCAUAGAAAAAUAAAACAAAGUGGUUUUCAAUAAAAAUUCACUUUUAUCUCGA